AUAAUUCCAUAUUUUAUUAAAUCAAAUAAACUAAACACACUCUAGUCAACUGUAAGUGGUGUAGUAUAGUUUGGAGCGAAGACGGAAUCCAUCCACGAUACAAACUAUAGGUACACGAUCAGUACGCAAAAUUCGUGUAUAGUUUGUAGUGACGGACUUACAAAGAGACACUCCAAAAUAUACACGAGCAGUUUCCUAUGGGUGCGUCCUGGCCAUGUAUAGAACGGAAAGACGCUGCUCCGGCUGGUUGGACGUGGGCGGUCGCGACCAGUGCCAGGGCGACUCCGGUGGCCCGCUGUUCCACAACGGAGUGGUCGUCGGCGUCUGCUCCUUUGGUUAUGGCUGUGCUCUGCCAGGGUUCCCUGGCGUCAACGCCCGUGUGUCUUCUUUCAUUAACUGGAUAUCGUCAAACGCGUAAAUUGAUUUUGUUUAACGUUGCG